ACCAUGUCUUCCGCUCAAGAUGUCAAUGGUUCAGUUAGUAGUGGGCGCUUUGGUAUGAUUAAAAAGGUCUUCGGGUUUUUCGACUUUUGUCUCGUCAACCUCUCGUUGUUCCUAAAUGGAACUAGAGAAAUCCUCUAUUUUCAAACCUUUCUCUGGUUAUUCGUCUCCUAUUUUUGCUUACUCUCCUGUGACUUUAUCGAUCAAGAUCUCUACCCGACGCUGCUCAUAUGCUGUUUACCUGCAAUUUAUUUCACCCCGUUUGGCAUCAUAGUUUAUCUAUUGGGACCUACGCUGUCUACAACGCUCGUCAACUUACUCGGUGACAACAACCACAUCUACACAGCCUUGAUGUGCUUUGUUGAAGCAACAGUCAUUUGGGCCAUUACUCUCCUAAAGAGCAAAAUUUCUGACUAUCACUCCACGACCUUGGUAGUGUUAGUCAUCGGACUCUACUACACCACGGUGGUUGUCGCAGAGCUUCUCCAAAUCAAAGACAGAGGUUUGGCGAACGGUUUAGCCACCGUCAUUCUUUUUCUUCUGGUAAAGCGAUUCCAGUUCUUGUCAGUGCCGAUCACGGCCGUAAUCAUCUUCGGAAAAUACCUCGUCUGUUCCGACUGCUGCAAGUUUUGCCGAGCUCGGAAGCCCAGAGUAGACGAAGCCAAAGAAAACACCCGACAGAUUAUUAUACGCGACUAUAUGUUCGGCAAAUAUGCGAAGCCUCAUGAUGGUGUUAGUGGAAGAGGAGGUAUAUGAGUUCUGAGUCCAAUGAAGAUAUAAUUACGUACGUACGGAGGCCUGAUGAUGUGUCAAGGUGUUACUAUAAUUAUUAUUACUUCAAUAAAAAAAAGAACACUAAUUAAUUAGUUAGUCGUUUAAUAAUUAACAUAAGUGUUGCUUAUUAGCAACUUAGCUUGGCUGAUGAUUUUUUUAGUAUUACUACAGUGUUUUGAGUUUGGAUACAGUAUAUGGUUUGUUAAUAAGAUCAAAUGUCUAUUU